GUUGCUUUCCGAGGAAUAUAAUAUAUUAUUACGUUGUUGUAGAAAUACUUAAAACACGAUGCAUAACAAGCAAAUUUGCAGCAAUCUUGUUCUAACAUACCUAUAUAUUCAUUGCCAAUAACAAAGAAAGUUAUGUAUUUUCAUCAUUGUAUCUAUGUGUAUCUCUCUUUACUUUCACUUUCGCUUUGUUCGCUGGCUAGUUGUACGAUAACUGGAGCUUUUAUUGUUCCGCAUGGUGGCAUUGUACUUGCACCUGAUCAGUUCAACACUACAAAUGCUACUGCCAAGGAACACGCAUGGAUAUUACAUAAAAACUACAGGCUUAUUGGACAACAUAUUGAUGAUUUAAACCCUGAUAUAAUCUUUUUGAGUACCCCACACGGGGUGGCAGAUUCGGACAAGUUUAUGUUGUAUUUGAACUCAGCAGGACAGGGGAGUGCUGAUACAGACAAUAUUCAGUGCCCACCAGCUUGCUUCAACAUUUCGGCAAACUUUGCCUAUGGCAUAUCGGAAGACAUUGUCAAUUUGUUUAAGAAUACAUUUAAGUUAUCAGGACUUAGUGCAUUUGGACCACCAGGGGGCUCAGAGUAUUUCCCACUAAGAUGGGGUGAAGUGAUUCUCCUUUACACCAUACCUAAUUUAUCAAGGAUCCAGAUUAUUGUUAUGAGUCAACCUAGUCGCCGAUACACAGAAUCAGUUGCUAUGAUUCCAGAACUUUUAGAACUAGGUACCCAACUAUACCAUUAUCUCCGUGCCUUGAACCAGACAGUGGUUGUGAUAGUGAGUGCUGAUCUGGCCCAUACUCACCAGAAAAAUGGACCAUAUGGCUACUCUGAUGCUGCUGAACCGUUUGAUCAGGCAUGUGGACAUUGGGCAGAGACUCUGGACAGUAACAGCCUACUGACCACUGCAGCCAAAUAUGUGGACAAAGCUCUGUCAUGUGGCUACACAGGAAUGGUCAUGCUUCAUGGGAUGUUGAGCGCUGGUCAGCUGUCGUCAUGGAUACCAACACUGUAUGCAAAUUACCAUCCAAGUUACUAUGGGAUGAUGCUAGCAUCUUUCUUGCCACAUUAAUUUACAGGACAUUCUGGAUCUAUUUAUUAACUGAUAAGAAUUUAAUUGUUUUACGGUAUAUGAAGCACAUGUUAUUUAGAAAAAAAUCUUGUUCUUCAAAACAAGGAUUUAUAUAAUAUGAGCAUAGACAGGGAUUAGUAACUUGCUCUUUGUAAUACUACUUGUAUUCUUGUGACAAGUUAUAUUAUAUGUCUGAAUGACCACCCUUCAUUCUCAACCAAAUGACUCCACACUAACAAAAAAACUCAACAAAACUUUUCAAUUUCAAGGACACUUAAAGAGAGACAGGUGAUUCAGAUUGAAAUGAGAAAACAUGAACAUGAUAUGCUAUAGUGUUUCCUCAAGGCCAAGCCACUGAUCUGCCUAAUUUAUGUCACUGAUCAAUGACAUAUAACAUUGAGCCUGAAGUAGUUGUAUCAAAUUUUUAAACAAAUAAGAACUGUUUCCUGAUCAUUUAUAUAUUUCAAAUGAUUUAACAUUGUGAAUUUGAGACAGUAGCUAUUAAUUACUACAUGAGCUUGAUUGGAUUUUUCGUAAGUCAAAACUCUAACUAUUGAAAAUGUGCUGAAUCUUCUCAAGAUUAUUUCCAAUAAAACAUAUUUGGCAAAUUCUAAUGCCCACGUUCCUUUGUGAAUGUUUGAAUGAAUACACAUUUCAAGUUAAUCAUUCACAACAAAACUGUUUCUUCCCUGCCAAAAAUGCUUCAUUUUAGUAUCUAUUUGUACAUUUAUUUAAGUAAUUGAACUUCUUGUUUCAAUGAAUAAAAUGUGUGCAUCACAA